AUGAGCAGCCCCGCCAAGAGACGCAAAAAGAAUGACCACAACGGAUCCAACCAACCAGUACGCAGUUUGGACUACUUCUUCGCCCGGCAGAAGGAAGUUGCGAAAGAUGAAUCCAACGAACCGCAGACUACAACCGAAGCCGCGAAUGCUAGUCCUCUGGAAACUACUAUGGGAAACGAGCGGGAAAGCGCCAUAUUAACGGACGAGGAGCUUGCGAGAAAGCUCCAGGAAGAGUGGAAUAAGGAGGACCAGAUACAAAAUGCUCCACAGAUGCUGGAAGUUGCCCACCACGCUAGGGCCACUGCGUCAAACGCAGAUGUGGAAAAACAAGUGAUAGGUCGAUCCAAAACGGGUGAAGAAAGUACCUCGAGCCUCGAUGAGCCACCUAAGGAGCAGCGAAAUGGCCAGUCAACCAAUAUACACACUCUCGGCCUCCAAUCUGCCUCAGCAGCCGAAGACACCGUGUCUGCCAACAUUCCAUUUGACCAGAGCCCCCUCACGUUUAAUCCGUCAGAAUACGUAGCCGAAUUGAAGAGCCAUUGGGCGUCAGAGGGCGGAAAUGCGACUUACGCUCUUUUGACGCGGUGCUUCGUUCUCGUCAACAGUACUCAGAGUAGAAUCAAGAUCGUAGAUACCUUGGUCAACUUACUGCGUACACUCAUAGAAGGCGAUCCGGAGAGCCUACUUCCAGCUGUCUGGCUUGCGACAAACUCUGUAUCUCCUCCCUAUAUUGACCUCGAACUCGGCCUCGGUGGCUCAGCGAUCUCAAAGGCGUUGAAGAAGGUGUGCGGAUUAGACAAUGCUGGGCUGAAGACACUGUACAACAAGUAUGGUGACGCAGGUGACGUAGCGUAUGAGGCGAAGAAGCGACAAUCAUUCACGCUGCGUAAACCAAAGCCCCUCACCAUCAAGAGUGUAUUUGAAUCACUGGUCAAGAUUGCCAAUAGUAAGGGCCAGGGUAGCCAGGAGAUGAAACAGCGAGUUGUCGAGAGGCUUGUACAAGACGCUAGGGGCGCAGAAGAAAGUAGGUACAUUGUAAGAACCUUAGUGCAGCAUCUUCGCAUUGGUGCAGUCAAGACUACCAUGCUAAUCGCACUAUCUCGCGCUUUCAUGAUCUCGAGACCUCCAGGCACUAAUUUCCCAAUCUGUACUGUUGAAUACCUCGCAGGGCAUAAGAAGGAUGAGCUAGCUAAGGUUUACGCAACGAACGAAGAGGUCGUAAAAGCCUGUUUUGCACGACAUCCAAAUUACAACGACCUCAUCCCGGCGCUUCUAGAAGUCGGUAUCUGCGAUGAGCUGGUCUUUCAAUGCGGUCUGACAUUACACAUACCGCUGCGUCCUAUGCUGGGUAGUAUCACCCGCGAUCUGGGCGAGAUGUUGACAAAACUGCAAGGACGCGACUUCAGUUGCGAAUUCAAAUACGAUGGCCAGCGUGCCCAAGUGCAUUGCGAUGAUCAGGGGAAAGUCACAAUCUUUUCACGACAUUUGGAAGUAAUGACAGACAAGUACCCCGAUUUAGUCGCGCUCGUGCCAAAGCUAAGGGGCGAGGGCGUCAGUAGCUUCAUCCUGGAAGGCGAAGUCGUGGCCAUCGACCGAGAGACUGGAGAACUUAGGACAUUCCAAACCCUGGCCAAUCGCGCGAGAAAAGACGUCGUCAUCGGAAGCGUAAAGAUCGAUGUAUGCCUUUUUGCGUUUGAUCUCAUGUACUUGAACGGCGAGGAACUCAUCAACCGGCCAUUCAGAGAAAGAAGAGAGCUUCUAAGAAGUCUUUUCGUGGAGAUCCCACACCAUUUCACUUACGUCCGAAACUUGGAUGCUACUAGCGCGGAUGCGGAAGCCGUGCAGGAAUUCUUCAAAAGCGCUACGGACAUCAAGUGCGAGGGCAUUAUGGUCAAAGUCCUAGAUAAUCUGCCCAACCCAGACCUGCAAACCGAGCUCGAGAUAGCUAAUCAAGUUGUGGCGCCACCGACCCCAAAGAAACCCGCCAAGGGCGGAAAAUCCAAGAAGACAAAGGCAGAUACCGUAGGGGAGAACGACCCCGCAAUAACAUCACGCCGCAAGGCGCUUCUCGCAACCUAUGAGCCAGACAAGCGCCUAGACUCCUGGCUUAAAGUCAAAAAAGAUUAUAACACAUCAGCCGACACUCUGGAUUUAAUCCCCAUCGCCGCCUGGCACGGCCAAGGACGCAAGGCAAAAUGGUGGUCCCCUAUCCUGCUUGCUGUGCGCAACGCCGAAACUGGCUCCCUCGAAGCAGUCACGAAAUGCAUCUCCGGCUUUACGGACAAGUUCUACGCCGCAAAUCGCACAAAGUACGACCCGGAUGCCAGCGAGACGAACAACACACUCGGAGGCAAGCCCAGCUACGUCGACUAUGAUGCAGGUCAUCCAGAUGUGUGGUUCGAGCCGCAAGAGGUGUGGGAGUGUGCGUUUGCGGACAUCACGCUUAGUCCGACGUAUACAGCGGCGAUCGGUUUAGUGGACGAGGCGAGAGGUCUCAGUCUCCGGUUCCCAAGAUUCUUGAAGGUGAGGGAAGACAAGAGCAUCGAAGAGGCGAGCGAGGCAGGUUUUUUGGCGGAGCUGUGGAGGAAGCAGGAGGCGAGGGGUCCAGUGGCGGGAGGUCUUGCGGUGAAAGAAGCCGCACCUCAUGAAGAUGACGGCGAAGAGGAGGAACAAGUGGAGUGA